AUGCUGCUAGAAGAGACAGAGCUGGUGAGGAUUGAAGUGCGGAUAUGUAGCUUCGAUGUGGAGGAUGCGAUGCUAUGGCUCAGGUCCCAGCACGAGUUCCCCAAGGUGUUCUUCCUCAACCCUGAGAGGUCGCACAUAGCAGCAGGUGUUGGAUCGGCUCAUCUGGUGAGCGGGGAAGGAGAUCUGCAGAGGCACCUGCUUCCCGAGGGCACUCCAGCCUGUUUCCGAUACUACGGAGGGUCGCGAUUCGAUGCCGGAGCCAGGGUUGGGAAGGAGUGGCAGGAGUUUGGCGGGCAUUACUUCGUGCUUCCUCAGAUUGAAAUUUUCUACUCUAACUGUGCCAAUGCACAAGAUGCGACGAAGAGUUUGGGGGAGGCCAUCAGUGCAGUGAAACAGAUGAAUGUAGUGUUGAGCGAGGAGCGGGACCUCCCGAAGCCGAGCUCGAUGAAGGACGGCUCGAGUUACGAGCACUGGAAGAGCUCAAUCGAAUCAGCGCUGGAGGAGCUCAAGAAAGGGGCAGAGCUAAGGAAGGUUGUGCUGUCUCGGAACUUCUUCGUCGAGUUCUCAACGGAAGUGGAGCCGAUGGACCUGCUGCUGAAGCUCAAGUAUCACCAGGGAUACCUCUUCUGCCUUCAGCCCACACCUGGCUCUGCCUUCUUGGGAUGCAGUCCAGAGCCUCUCUUCAAGAUCUCUCAUGACAUCAUAGAGACCAUGGCGAUCUCUGGCACGAGGCCCCGAGGGCAGUCAGCCGAGCAAGACGAGGAGCUGGCAAAGGAGCUGCUUGCGAGCGAGAAGGACAAGUACGAGAACGGGGUCACGACCAAGUACAUUCAGGAGCAGCUGGCCAACGUGGCUGAGGAUGUGGAAACGUCGGAAAUCUACGUGAUGAAGCUCAGGCACGUGCAGCACAUCUGUCGCAAGAUCAGAGCGAAGCCAUCCUCCAAGGCUGCCACCCCGAUCGAGCUCCUCCUUACCCUGAACCCAACGCCUGCUGUGUGCGGUGAGUCCCGGCCGGUGGCGACCAGGUUCAUCAGGAGCGUGGAGGGGUUCGAUCGAGGCUUCUUCGGGGGGCCUGUAGGGUUUGUUUCUUCUUCCGUCUGCGAGUUCCUGGUGGCGAUCCGCUCGGUACUCUGCAAGCCCAAGAUGCUGCACGUGUACGCAGGAGCAGGCAUCGUGCCAGGGUCUGACCCAAAGUCAGAGUGGGAGGAGACGGCGUUCAAGAUGAGGAACAUCCUGCAGCUG